UGAGCGUCUUUCAAUCCAGAUAUCCAGGAUCUACACUCGUGUGCCUCUGAAUAGCGCUCACCGCGAUUUCCCCACAGCCAGUCCGGAGAAGCCCGCCCAGCUGCCUGCAACUUCCUCCAUGAAGUUCCCUCACCCCUUUCCCAUUCCCUCUGGUUCUCACCCUCCGCCCCAGAGGAGGUGGUGCUGGCCUUGCGGCUUCGGGAUCUAGAAGCCGAGCAGCUUCGCGGGGCGUCCUUACUGCUCUUCUUCCUUUUCUUUUCCGACCCUCGCCCCCGGGACCGGCUGCGACUCCUCGAGCGCUUGCGAGAGCCGACGUGAGCCAUAGCGCCGCGGGCUGGAGACGGGGAGACGCGCUUAAACUGGGGAUUGAUCACAGGGCCGGCCCACAGACUGGGUUCCGAGGGCGGCUCUACUCGGGGCCUGGUCACCACCCGGGGCAGGGAUAUUGAGGGGAUCCGUGCAACCGCACGAUCCUCGGCCACCCCCACCCCUGGGUACCCCGGGUUCUCCGCGGACUCCCGGAUCCUCCGCUGCGGCCCCUUUAAGGGCCCGCCCCCGCCCGGACGCUCCACGCCUGCGCACGCGGCUCAGGCGCCUCUAGAAACGGCCACGAUCCUCAGCUGCCAGGUGCGUUCUUCAUUCCUUUCCGCGCGCUCGUACCCUCCACCCCGCGCCCUCCGCGGCCUCGCCGCCUGAAAGAAAGUCCCCGCGGCUGCUCCGCUUCCUCCUCAACUGCCCAUCCGGCCGGACCGCCAACCCCGCACCACGCCUUCGCGUGAGGAAGCGGCGGCUGGGCGACUUCCGGCCCGGGACGGUGCUCUGGAAGGCCGUCCGACCGCGAAGCAAGGCGCUGCUGCCUUUAGUUCUGAAGCCCCAGGUUCCGUCUUUGGGACAGCCCAAGAAACUGAGUCUGACGCACUGACCUCCCGGAGAGGCGAGCUGCGGCUCCAGGCGGAGCUCCCAGACGAGAGGCCUGCUCUCUAGCCUGGCGCCAGUCCCGGAGCCCACGGGUCCUUUGCCGCAGCUAUGCCCUCUCCCGUCACUGUCCUUUCGCCGCGCCCGCAGCAUCCCUAGUCUCCGUGAUGCCCCAGGGAAGAGGCGACUGCGCGCCGCUUUCCUCUCUGGAUUGUCUGCGAACGUGUCCACUGCGACGGGCCGUAAGCUCCAGAGCCUUGGUCUUUACGCCGUCUCCACCCAGUAAUACAGAGGUCGCAAACUCAAAUGUCCAUAAGGACCAGAGAGGGCAUGACAAUGAAUGACGGAAAGACCCCUGUGAGAAAGUGCACCGCAGGCCCGUCUAGACUGGGGGCAGCUGAGUCCGCUUCUGCUGAUUACUGCAGUGUCGAUUGGGGCCCGGUGUUUCCAGAUCUUCCCACCUUCCCACGGAAGCCAGAACUCAAGCUUUCAACAUGGAAAACCCUCCCAAACACAGCAUAGCUGCAGGCCUCAUCCAAUCCUGGGGCCGCCAAGUUGCAAACUCUUCAAUAGUAACGACAGCAGCAAACUCACAGAUGGGGAAACCGAGGCUUGGAGAAUGUCUGCAGCGCUGGGGAUACAUCUCACCAGACAAUGUCCCACCUCCUCGGGCCCACCGGGUGGAGCCUCACCCACCCCAUAGUUGUUCAUGGUGUUGGGUCUUCCCUUGGGCAUGUCUGACUGCUCGAAGUGGUCCAGCUCCUCCAGCAGGGCCUGGCAGAACGACGCUGUGAACACCGGCAGCCGCCUCAGUUUCCUCAUCUGUACAAUGGGGAUGACGUGAGUACUCACCUCUCAGGGCUCUUGUGAUGAUUAAAUGACAUAAUGUGCAGCAGGGGAGCCCUAUUCUUGGGCCCCCCACUCAUCCCUGAAGCCUCACCCUGCCCUGAGGUCUAGCCUCCAAAUUCAGAUGUGCACCCCAUCUGGCGAGCCCUCUCCCACAGUUCCAGGUCCUGGCAGGUUCAAGAAACCUCAUUCUUGCCCACUCCUUCAGGUCUUGGGAUAGGAACGGCUCCCUACCCCCAACCCCACCCCCGUUGCUAGCCCUGGGGCGGGGCCCUCCCCAUCCCUUGCUGAUUCCUUAGCCCACACUUGUCUCAACUGUCCCUUUGUUAACCUCUUCAGUCACCCCUAUUUGAGCGUGUCUGAUGCAAGGCACUGAAUAACUGUUGGAUAAGUGAGUGAAUGGAUACAGAUGCCCUGUUCCUGAUGGGUCUGUCCCGCCAGCCCUUCUCAGUCCUGCUGGUUUGAUUUUUGGAGGCAGAUAUGGUGGGUGGAGGGACCUCAGUCUCCCACCCCCAGUGCUGCAAGGUGAUGGGCCAAGACCUCACCAGAAACUGUCUCCAGCCGCUGGAGAAGGCCCUGGAGGUCUGCACCUGGCGAUGUGCUGUACUCAGCUGCGGCCAGAAACUCGGGGGCCAGAGCCACAUGCUGGGGGCAGAGCACACAAGCCAUGGGGCAGACAGCCCUCAGGCCCGGAUGCCUCCGCCUCCUUCCAGUAACCUGCCCCCUGCCAGGUACCUGCAGUGAGCUGUAGACAUCGGGCCGUGCUGGGUGGUAGGAGCUCGCAAUGAGGGCUUUCCUGGCGGCUGACUCCUGCCCCAGCCGCUGCCGCCGCUCCACCUCCUUCUCAAGCUGGGGUUACACAGGGCCUGGGUAUGAGGUUGGGGCCUCCCAUCCCCCCCCCCCGAGGCCACUGUGCAGAUGAGGAAACUGAGGCUCAGGAAGCCCAGGGCAUGGCCAGGGCUGGGAGCAAGGUCUCCCUGUGCUCCUGACUCUACCAGGGUAAAUGGCAGGUGCUAAGCUGUUAGCUGAAGGGGCAUCCUUCCAGAAGGGGGCCCAUCCCACUCAGGGCUGCACCAGCCUGAGCCUGGCUGGGAUGAGACCCCUCGCUGCUCCUCAACCAGCUGGGCCCACUCAAGGAGGGGAAACAGAGUCCCGGUCAAAGUUUGUGUUCCAGAGGCUGCAGCGGGCUGUCCUGGGAAGCUUCCCGACACUUGACCCCCGGGUGGGAGACAAGCAGCAGCCGCAGAAGUGACGUGGGGGAGGGUUGAAGAGCCAGGAGCCAGGCGGCCCUGGGCGGGACCUCCACUCCACCUGCUGUGAAACCUUGGGCAAGUGACUCCUCCCCGGAGCCCGAGUAUCUCAAGAGGGCAGGAGGCAGACAACUUGGCGUUGCUCCUGCUUUCUCUUUUUCUGCUGCCAGGACCCAGAUGCUGUGGUGAGUGAGGACAGGAGGGGGGAAAGGGGAGGUCUAAGGAUCUGACACUGGCAGGCCUGAGGCUGGGAGACUCCUCAAACUGCUGAUGCACAUCUAAAGAGGAAAGGCCAGGCUGGGUGCGGAGGGAGCAAUCGAGGGCGGGCGGGGAGUUGUUACCUCUCCCAACAGCUGCUGGAAGUCCUUGGGGCUGACACAGCCUCGGCUGCGCAGGAUCUGGGAGCAGAAAGGCCAGUGAGCGCGACGGUGUGACCUUGGGACGUUUAAGUGACUUAAACGUCUCUGAGCCUCAGUUUCUCCUUGAAAUGGAGAUGAUCCGACCUCACAGGAUCAUUGUAAGGAUGGAAUGCGAUAAGCACGUUGAGCACAGAGCAGGGUUCCCAGCUGCUCUUGGUAAUAACACUGACAGAGUACUCUGAGCCAGGCCCUGCCCUGAGCAUUUUGCAUGUACGUUCAUUCAUUCAUUCCUCACGACAAUCUCACUAAAGAUACCACUAUCCCCAUUUAAGGUUGAAAACAAUGAGGUACCUAAAGGUUACGUCAUUCUUGUUGUCAGAUCUGAGCGCACUAAAGGCAAAGCAAACGACCCCUCCGCCACCCCUCCCCGCCCAUUUCCCCGCAGAGCCAAUAGAGGCCACUCACGGGGCCGUAGUCCUGGCGCAGCUGCUGCUCGCUCCGGAAGCGCACGUGCAGGCCGUAGCGCGCCACGUACAAGUUCUCGGAGCAGAAGCAGGCGCAGCGGCAGAAGCGCCGCGGAGCCGCCGCGGUCCCCAUGGUGAGGUGCCGCGCGCGGACCCGCCGGCUUCCGUUGGGGCACUUCCGGAUACGCCCCCAGCCGAGGCAGUCUGGAACCAGGGGCCAAGGGUCCGUUCUAAAUUCCCAAGUGCGGAAAAGAACGAAGACUCCGCCCCAGAAAACGGCCUGCGGUGCUGGAAGAUGCUCCCGGCCGGGUUGGGGCUGGCAGCCUCCGCUGGGAGCACGCGACCUUCUCGUUCCGCUUCAGAGUUUCUGCAUCCACGAGGCGGGAAUUAAUCGUCGACUUUACAGAUUGGUGAACUGAGUCACACCUUCACAGGACGUGGAGAAGUAGGGACUCGGAAUCUCAAGACCUUCUGCUUAAAUGCUGGCUCCCUUUUCUGCUCGGAGGUUUUGAAGAACCAGCGAACGCCACGAGGACAGAGCUCUAGGGUCUGACCUCAUUCCCUCCAACUGCUCUCCAGUUUUGUGCGUCUGAGCUUGGGUUUAGCAUUUAUCCGGGGUCCUUGCCCGGCGCUCCCGUUGCCAACGCCACAGUCUCGGGGUUCGCCGCGGAUCGCCCCAGUGAGUGUCCCCACGAAAACGCUCAGUCCGGUGAGACUUCCGGUGGUGCUUCCGACGCCUUCAGAGCGUGCCCUCCAUCCUCGGGGAGACCCAUCACAGCACACGCAAGCCAUACCUUGGGAACCCCGUCAUGGUCCGCCAUGCAUCCCCAAGACCCCGGUCUGCAAAGCCCCGAGAAGAAGCUUGGGUGUCAAUCCUAUUGAGCUGGCAGAACUAAGGCGUGCAGCUGGGGAGGAAAUCUUGACCCCUGGAAAUGACCCCUGUCCCCUGCCUUAGUUACCUCCAUGGCUCAGCGUGAUGCAGGGAUGGGGGGUGGGGAGGAAGACUCUGGGGCUUUAAGACUCUGGCCCUUACCCUAGAUCAACAGGUGACUGCAGAUGACAGCUGUUGACCGAGGCUCCUCUCUACUGGACCUGAGCUAACACAUCUACCACCCACCUUAUCUCCUUUCAUCCUUACAGCAAACCUUUGAGCUAGGUACUGUUAUAUCACCGUGUUACAGGCGGGGGAACCUGAGGCCCAGAGAGGUGCAGUGACUUGCCCCCUGUCACUCUCCAGUAAGGGACACGUAUGGGGUUUGAACCCAACAGUCUGCUCUCUGAGUUCCCUGUUCAGCACAAUAGGAAUACUCUGAGUGGUGGGAUUUUGAGGGAUGUUGACUUUUCUCUUUGGGCUUGUUGGCAUUUCCUUCCCUUCCUUCCUCCCUCCCUCCCUUUCUCUCUCUGUCUCUUUCUUUCUUCUUCAUAUAUAUAUAUAUAUAUAUAUAUAUAUAUAUAUAUAUAUAUAAAUAUUUUGGUCGCACCGUGUGGCUUGCGGGAUCUUAGUUCCCCAACCAGGGAUCAAGCCCAUGCCCCCUGCAGUGGAAGCACCGAGACCUAACCACUGGACCGCCAGGGAAUUCCCUUGUUGGCAUUUUCUUGAUAACUCUGCUUUCCUUUCCCCAUGUGUAGACACAGGUUCACGCUCACACACUCACAUCCACAGUCACACACACACUCAAACACAGCCUUACAUGCUCACACAUGCUAACACACAUUCACACACAAUCACACAUGCGCUCACACCCUCACACAUACCAUCAACACACACCCUCGCUUGAACACACACAACAUUCCACAUACAGUCACAGUCGCACACUCCUAUUCAUACACCCAAUAUCUCACACACAUGCACACCCUCACAAAAGUACUCACCCACACUCACAUCCCACACACAGUCACACAUACACACACACACACACACAGGCAACAGCCCCUGUUCCUGUCUUCUUCAGGGCUCCACGGCCCACCCCUUGCUCCUGCUGAAGCCCCAGGACCCCAGAAGGAAGAUGGGAAACCUCCAGGCCCUGUGAUGCAGUGCCAGGCUGUCCUCCCAGCUGUCUCAAUCAGCACAUUCGGGGGACCAAGGCUCGAGCCAGCAAAGUCUCCCCUCCAGCACCUUGAGGGGCCGGAAGAGGGCCCCUGCUCUCUGGACAGAGCCUGCACAACAGCCUGAUUGGUUUUCACACUGGCUGGGCAGGGGCAGCGAGACCCUCCUGUCUGGGAGUGUGGAAGGAGUGCGUGUGAGUGUGUGGAAGUGUGUUUUGAGUGACAGACAAGAUCCCUGCCUUCUGAAGCUUUCAGUCGAGUGGGGGAGACAGGAACAAGCAAGGAGACCAGUAUGAGAUCAGGUUAUCCUUGUUCAGUUGUAAGGGCUGGGAAGGCACUAGGCUGGUGAGAUGGUGAGUGCCCGGAGGCGGCUGCUUCGGACACGGUGGCCAGGGAAGGCCUCCUGAAGAGUGACAUUUCAGCUGAGCUCUAACUGUUGCAGGAAGAUCUGCAGGAAAGGGUUCUAGACAGGGAGACUGAAGGGGCAAAGGCCCUGCAGUGGGCUGAGCUUGGCAUGCUUGGAGAACAGCAAAAAGCAUACAAGAGGGCAAGUCAUAGGGAAGGAGGCCAGGUGGUAUUGAGACCAAAUCAUUGGGCUUAGUAGGCCACUGGGAACAUUUUGGAUUUUACUCUGUUUGCAAAGGGAAGCUGUUUAGUCCUCACAACAAACCCUAUGCGGUAGGAACUAUCCCCAUUUUACAGAUGUGGAAAACAAGGUUCAGAUGGCUUGAAUGACCCACCAAGGUCACACAGCUCAUACACGGUGGAGUCUGGAGUGGAACCCAAGUCUGACUCUGCUGGGUUGUUCCUAAAGGCGCAGCCAGGUCUCUCAGUGCCCCCUCCCCUCCUCAGGUGUGAAACCCAGGUCACUGGGCUGCGGAGAUCCAGGGGCCUAGCCCAAGCCUCCUGAAGCUACCAGGCUUCCCCAGGGAGGAGAACGACGGUUGAGGACCUGCUUCCCCCCUCAAGGACCCAGCUCCCCAGCCCAGAGCUGUGUGGCCUGAGAAGCAAUCAAAGAGAGUUCCUGCUUCUCCACAUCUUCGUCAGCAUUUGGUGUUGUCAGUGUUUUGGAUUUUGGCCAUUCUAUUAGGUCUGGCCUCGCCCCACAGACAAUGGCCUUGCCCCCAUGAGCUAGAGCCUGCCCCUCGGUGCCUGCCCACCACCUGCCAGCAGGAUGCAGCUGUGGAAGGCAGUGGUAGUGACCCUGGCCUUCAUGAGCUUGGACGUCGGCAUGACCACGGCCAUCUACGUCCUCAGCCACCUGGACCGCAGCCUCCUGGAGGACAUCCGGCACUUCAACAUCUUUGACUCGGUGCUGGACCUCUGGGCGGCCUGCCUGUACCGCAGCUGCCUGCUGCUGGGGGCCACCAUCGGCGUGGCCAAGAACAGCACCCUGGGGCCCCGGCGGCUGCGGGCCUCCUGGACGGUCAUCGCCCUUGUGUGCCUCUUCGCGGGCAUCUACACCAUGGUGAAGCUGCUGCUCUUCUCCGAGGUACGCAAGCCGGUCCGGGACCCGUGGUUCUGGGCCCUCUUUGUGUGGACCUACAUCUCACUUGCUGCGUCCUUCCUGCUCUGGUGGCUGCUGUCCACGGUGCAGCCGGACGCCAAGGCCCUCGAGCGGGGGGCAGGGGCCGAGGCCGAGGGCCCCCCUGGGGAGGACCGGCCCGCGCCCGAGCAGGCCUCCGGGGCCACGCUGCAGAAGCUGCUGUCCUACACCAAGCCCGACAUCGCCUUCCUCGUGGCCGCCUCCUUCUUCCUCAUCAUGGCAGCACUGGGAGAGACCUUCCUCCCUUACUACACGGGCCGGGCCAUUGAUGGCAUCGUCAUUCAGAAGAGCAUGGAGCAGUUCAGCACGGCCGUCACCGUCAUGUGUGCGCUGGCCAUCGGCAGCUCAUUUGCCGCAGGUGUUCGGGGCGGCAUUUUUACCCUCAUAUUUGCCAGACUGAACAUUCGCCUUCGGAACCGUCUCUUCCGCUCGCUGGUGUCUCAGGAGACGAGCUUCUUUGACGAGAAUCGCACAGGGGACCUCAUCUCCCGCCUCACCUCGGACACCACCAUGGUCAGCGACCUGGUCUCCCAGAACAUCAACAUCUUCCUGCGGAACACGGUCAAGGUCACGGGCGUGGUGGUCUUCAUGUUCAGCCUCUCCUGGCAGCUCUCCUUGGUCACCUUCAUGGGCUUCCCCAUCAUCAUGAUGGUGUCUGACAUCUACGGCAAGUACUACAAGAGGCUCUCCAAAGAGGUCCAGAAUGCCCUGGCCAGAGCCAGCAGCACGGCUGAGGAGACCAUCAGCGCCAUGAAGACAGUCCGGAGCUUUGCCAACGAGGAGGAAGAGGCGGAGGUGUACUCACGGAAGCUGCAGCAGGUCUACAAGCUGAACAGGAAGGAGGCUGCGGCCUACAUGUACUACGUCUGGGGCAGCGGGCUCACUCUGCUGGUGGUCCAGGUCAGUAUCCUCUACUACGGGGGCCAUCUCGUCAUCUCAGGGCAGAUGACCAGCGGCAAUCUCAUCUCCUUCAUUAUCUACGAGUUUGUCCUGGGAGAUUGUAUGGAGUCCGUGGGCUCCGUCUACAGCGGCCUGAUGCAAGGAGUGGGCGCCGCGGAGAAGGUGUUUGAGUUCAUUGACCGGCAGCCAACCAUGGUGCAUGAUGGGAACUUGGCCCCUGACCACCUGGAGGGCCGGGUAGACUUCGAGAACGUGACCUUCACCUACCGCACUCGGCCCCACACCCAAGUCUUGCAGAAUGUCUCCUUCAGCCUGUCCCCAGGAAAGGUGACAGCGCUCGUGGGGCCGUCGGGCAGUGGCAAGAGCUCCUGCGUCAACAUCCUGGAGAACUUCUACCCCCUGGAAGGGGGUCGCGUGCUGCUGGAUGGGAAGCCCAUCAGCGCCUAUGACCACAAGUACUUGCACCGAGUGAUCUCCCUGGUGAGCCAGGAGCCAGUGCUGUUCGCGCGCUCCAUCACAGACAACAUCUCCUACGGCCUGCCCGCCGUGCCCUUCGAGGUGGUGGUGGAGGCCGCACAGAAGGCAAAUGCCCAUGGCUUCAUCAUGGAACUCCAGGAUGGCUACAAUACAGAGACGGGGGAGAAGGGUGCCCAGCUGUCGGGCGGCCAGAAGCAGCGGGUGGCCAUGGCCCGGGCUCUGGUGCGGAACCCACCCGUGCUCAUCCUGGACGAAGCCACCAGCGCCCUGGAUGCAGAGAGCGAGUUCCUGAUCCAGCAGGCCAUCCACGGCAACCUGCAGAAGCACACGGUGCUCAUCAUCGCACACCGGCUGAGCACGGUGGAGCGGGCGCACCUCAUCGUGGUGCUGGACAAGGGCCGCGUGGUGCAGCAGGGCACACACCAGCAGCUGCUGGCCCAGGGCGGCCUCUACGCCAGGCUGGUGCAGCGGCAGAUGCUGGGGCUCGAGCCCGCCUCGGACUGCACAGCCGGCCACAGGGAGCCGCCGGGCAACGGCGGUCACAAGGCCUGACCGUGGGCCCUGCCUCUCCUGGUGGGGCAGAGGCUCCAGUGCCCACCUGGCAGAUGUGCCCACGGGGGCCCCCCGGCUGCCCCCGCUGCCCUCCGAGCCCAGGUCCACGGCACUGGAGGGCCAGCUGCCCUGUCCCACGUGUCCCCGCUUCCUGCGUCUCGCCCCCGGUUCCCACCCUGUUCCCCGGGCCACCACCAGCCCCCUGCUGCCAUGAACGACCCCCUCCAGUCUGGGCAGUGGAGACACCACUGGUCUCUCCAGCUGGUCUCCCAAGGUUUCUAAGUGAAGGUAGAGCUACCUUUUUAAACCAAGAUCUUAACCAGGUUUUUUACUGCUUGGUUCUGAUGGGCCCCAAUCUCCUAGAUUUCAAAAACAUUUUUCUAAUUGGGAGCAAUGAUGGGCAAGUUCUAGAGACUUCUGAGCCGGGAGUGAAUGACCCUUCCUAGGAGCCUGGGGGAUGUCAGGGAGAACUAGGCCUCUACCCUCUGCCCCUGGAGAGAAGGGGCUUCCCUGUCCCGGGGUGCGGGGGAGGGAACAUGGGGAGGGGACUUCCUGUCUCUCCCUCUUCCCAGCUCUGUGAGUCAGGCCAAGGGUGGGUGGGGAGUGGAAGGCACCUGCCUGCCCUCACCCCUUCCGCCCUCCCAAAUCUAAGCCAGUCUCACUGUGAACCACUACGGACCUUAAGUGGGAGAGUGAGGGGCUGGCCAGGCCUGGCGGAGCCUCAGGGUGUCCCUGGCCCAGCGCCCAGCGCUAGCCCCUCCCCCUGCCCGUCCCAUGGCUGGCGGCCCCUUCCCCCAUCCACCCUGCCGCUCUGCUCUUCUGAGGCCCUUUGGACGUUUGCGAGUCGCGUUCUCUUCCCUGUCCAGUGGACGGGACACUGGCAAAGCCCAGGUCUGGCUUUGUAGCGGGGUUGCAAGAUGUUGGGAGAACCCGGUUAAUAAAGUACACUACCUCUGA